AUGUUGCAUUUUGUGCACAUCAAUAUCACAGGAAACCCAUCCGGCUACCAAGAAGAUACUGAAGAUCCAAUGGUGUUCCAGGCCCAACUGCAGGAAAAACCAAAGCCGAAAAAGAGAAUCUUGGACUGGAAACGUGGGCGUAGGAAGAAACCAGUUGCACAGAAGAUUAAAAAGACUGAGGAUCCGAAAGAUAAGGGGAAAGGAAAAGAGAUCGAGGAAAGUUCAGGGCAAGCUCAGGAAAUGCCACCAUGGGAGGAGCUGGAUCGUAAACUGGCAAAUAGCGACCUAAUCGGACCUGCCGAUGAAAACCUCUUCAAUUACCCAGCCGAAUCACAACUUCCAGUUAAUUUGGAACCUGCUAUCCCAGAUCCUAUUGUCAACCCCCGACCUCUACCAGGAGAGCUGGAAGAAUGGUGGACAACUGACUGGCAAUUUCAGAAUCUCUUGAAUAACCCUAACACCUAUUUCCCCCAGUUUGACCCUGAGCCUGCACCAAACCCACCUAUGAGCACAGAAAACUUGGCUGAACUCCGUCACUAUGGCGAAGAACUGGUGGAAGCAGGAAAUCGAAUCCGGGAACUGGGAGAACAGAUCUCAUGGAAAUACGACGAGAGGGAGCGUCGUUUCUGA